AUGGAGGGGGACGUUAUCGACAAGCUGGAGGACAUGGCAUCGGUGUACGACUUCGAUCCGAUCACCGGCAACAUCCCCGCCACCAAAGUAGAAAUCACCGUCUCCUGCAGAAACCUGCUGGAUAAAGACACAUUUUCCAAGUCAGAUCCAUUAUGCGUGCUCUAUACUCAAGGUGUGGAAACCAAACAGUGGAGAGAGUUUGGCAGAACGGAGACGAUCGACAACACUCUAAAUCCAGACUUUGUCAGAAAGUACAUCCUGGACUACUUUUUCGAGGAGAAGCAGAACCUUCGCUUUGACUUGUAUGACAUGGACUCCAAAAGUCCAGACCUGUCCAAACACGACUUUUUGGGUCAACUGUUCUGUACUCUCGGGGAGAUUGUUGGAUCACCGGCCAGUCGACUGGAGAAACCACUGGGAGGGAUACAAGGGAAGAAAUGUGGCUCCAUCAUCCUGUCUGCAGAGGAGCUGAGCAAUUGUCGAGACAGCGGCACUAUGCAGUUCUGUGCCAACAAGCUGGACAAGAAGGACUUCUUUGGCAAGUCAGACCCCUUCAUGGUCUUUUACAGAAGCAACGAGGAUGGAACGUUUACGAUCUGCCAUAAGACAGAGGUGGUGAAGAACACAUUAAACCCAGUGUGGCAGCCUUUCACUAUCCCGGUACGAGCCCUCUGCAAUGGAGACUAUGACAGAACAAUCAAGGUGGAGGUGUAUGACUGGGAUCGAGAUGGCAGCCAUGACUUCAUCGGGGAUUAUACGACCAGCUACCGAGAGCUAGCUCGAGGGCAGAGCCAGUUCAAUGUGUACGAGGUAAUAAAUACCAAGAAGAAAAUGAAGAAAAAGAAAUAUGUCAACUCUGGAACCGUGACCCUGCUCUCGUUCUCUGUGGAGUCCGAGUUUACAUUCUUAGAUUACAUUAAAGGAGGGACGCAGAUCAAUUUCACUGUUGCCAUCGAUUUCACAGCAUCUAAUGGGAACCCCUCUCAGUCUACAUCGCUGCAUUACAUGAACCCAUACCAGCUGAACGCCUACGCCAUGGCCCUGAAGGCUGUCGGUGAGAUCAUCCAGGACUACGACAGCGACAAGAUGUUCCCCGCUCUGGGAUUUGGAGCCAAACUGCCCCCUGAUGGACGGGUGUCCCACGAGUUCCCCCUGAACGGAAACAUGGAAAAUCCCUACUGCAAUGGUAUCGAAGGCAUCUUAGAGGCGUACCACCAGAGUUUAAAGACAGUGCAGCUCUACGGGCCCACUAACUUUGCUCCUGUGGUGAACCAUGUGGCCAGGUAUGCGGCAGCAGUGCAGGACGGCUCUCAGUACCAUGUGCUCCUCAUCAUCACAGACGGUGUCAUUUCCGACAUGGCCCAGACCAAAGAGGCCAUUGUGAAUGGUGCCAAGCUUCCCAUGUCCAUCAUCAUAGUUGGAGUGGGUCAAGCUGAGUUUGAUGCUAUGGUGGAGCUGGAUGGUGAUGACAUCAGGAUCUCGUCCCGAGGGAAACCGGCAGAAAGAGACAUUGUUCAGUUUGUUCCAUUCAGAGAUUAUAUGGACCGGACAGGUAACCACGUGUUAAGCAUGGCGCGGCUCGCCAAAGAUGUGCUAGCAGAGAUCCCCGACCAGUUCAUCUCCUACAUGAAGAGCAGAGGGAUCAAACCCAACCCGGCACCCCCCCCGUACACACCACCUGGACACACACACCACCACACACAGAUAUAAA